AUGGAAAAUCGACUUGUUAUGUACCAAUUACACGAUACAAAUCUAUUAAAUUCUGACAUGUCGGGAAAAUUUCGACAAGAAUUAGGUUUUGAUUAUUUCAGACGCGUACCAACAAAAAAAGGAACGUCAAUAUUUUACCUUUUCUACGCAAGAGAAAUCGACACGUAUGACGCUCUAAUUGCUGCCAAAAAAAUCAAAUCUAUUUCACUUUCACGAUAUCAACCACAAAAUCGUAAUUUACCACCGCCUGCACAUUUCAAUGACUGUACUCGUGAAGAGAUGUCUUUUCAUCAUGGCCAUUGCCAAAAAGCGAUUCUUCAUAUAUUUCUAAUCAUGUCCUCGAAUCCAAAUCAAUCAAAUGCAACAUCAUUUCUACAUUUACGUGAAAUUCUUACUAAGAAAAUAAUAUUGUGGAUCUGUAUUAGUAUUAUUAUAAUCAUUGGCAUAAUUGUCAUUCCAACAACGAUUGUUUUAACAACAAAACAACAAAGUAGUAUAUCUACAGCACCAAUAAACACAUCAGGUAAUAUUAUUGAUAACAAGUAG